UUCUCUCAACAAUUAAUACAUAUAUAUAUAUAUACUUCAUUUUAUUUGCUAUAUAAUUCAGCAAUCCCUUCAUCGAUUAUAGUCCCAGCUGUGACUUAGUAAUAUAUAGUUAGAGCCGGUGAAUCGAUCUCAUUAAAAAUCAUCGAUGGGAAGAUCGCCUUGCUGCGACAAAAGUGGCCUCAAGAAAGGGCCAUGGACACCCGAAGAAGACACCAAGCUCAUGCAGUAUAUUCAGAUUCAUGGCCCUCACAAUUGGAGAACCCUUCCCAAGAAUGCUGGGCUUCAAAGGUGUGGUAAGAGUUGUCGUCUUCGUUGGAUAAACUAUUUGAGGCCCGACAUCAAGAGAGGGAGGUUUUCAUUCGAGGAAGAAGAAACAAUUAUUCAGCUCCACAGUGUUCUUGGCAACAAGUGGUCGGCUAUUGCGGCACGCCUGCCUGGAAGAACAGACAACGAGAUCAAGAACUACUGGAACACUCGCAUCCGAAAAAGGCUCCUCAAAAUGGGAAUCGAUCCGGUAACUCACGCCCCGCGGCUCGAUCUAUUAGACUUAUCCUCACAGCUGAAUCUUUCUUCCAACCUCCUCCUGCUCCAAACACUUCUCAAUCCAGAAGCAUUAAGGAUUGCUCUUAGCAGCCUCUUACCAUCAAAUAACAACGACGAGAACCUCGAAUCCGCAUUGCAAAAGCUUCAAGACAAUCCAUUCUUAGAUGUCCAAUUCCAACACAAUCAGACAGAAAAUGUAAUGAGCCAAGAAACCCUUUCACACCCAGCCACUUCAUCGUUCCCGACAGAAACCCUAACCGGAAAUAUGUCGAUGAAUCCGCCCAAUAAUUCAUCGUUAUGCAGCCAAAUGUUGCAAGAUAGCAUUAAAAUGGCUGCAAUGACUUGUGGAGAUCAUCAAACCGAUCUAAUUCCUAAUUGUAAUUUUGCGUUUGGAGGUUGUGAUGAUCAAGUGAAGGGUGAGCUGUCGGAAAAUUCAAGCUUGAUGUCUGCUCGUGAUCUGUCAAGUACUCAGGCGUGUCCGAACUCAGCCUCAACCAAUUUCGUCAAUGGCACUGCGGAAGAUAAUGAGAGUGAAAGCUUCUGCAGUGGUUUGCUGAGGUUGGAAAGUAUUGUUCCUGAGAGCUUCGACUUCGAUUAUUUUAUGUAAACGUAUGUUGGUCUGUUUGUUGAUUUAGGUUAACUAAUGGACCUGAUGUUUUUACG